CUUGCCCUUAAUGUAGAACGGGCUUUAGGCCCGAUGGUUUUUAAUUUAUCGAUGUUGUUGCAUUGUGUUAAUUACUUGUCUCGUAGUAAGUAAAUAUUUUUAUAUGUCGUUGUGAAGUGAUUUUUAUUCAGACGAAAGUGUCAACUUGAGCUUCGACGACGGUUGGCGAACCUGCGACGCGGGCAGUUAACCUUGCUCUUUCCGGAGGCAACACAGCCAGCGACGAGCGCGACGAGCCAAUCGCUGCUCGCACCACGACACACCCUUUAAAUGCUGGUUUCGUUUAUUUUCGAGAAAAUCCCGGCAAGAUAGUGACGAUUGAGCAGUACGUUUCACGUUUAUUUCACUGUCGAGACAUCGGCUCAGCAAGACUUUGAUGUUCGUCGGCCUAUAACCCAAUUUGCAUCGCGAGCACUAUGACGGAACAACAAAUGGAUUGUGCGCUGGACCUGAUGCGGAGGUUACCGCCGCAGCAAAUCGAAAAAAAUCUCAGCGAUCUGAUCGAUUUGGUUCCUUCGUUAUGUGAGGAUCUAUUGUCCUCGGUGGAUCAACCGUUAAAGAUUGCCAAGGACAAGGAGUCUGGCAAGGACUACCUCUUGUGUGACUACAACAGAGAUGGGGAUUCGUACAGGUCUCCCUGGAGUAAUACUUACGAUCCCCCACUAGAAGAUGGCUCUAUGCCUUCAGAACGGCUGAGAAAAUUGGAGAUAGAUGCCAAUCACGCUUUUGAUCAGUAUCGGGAGCUUUACUUCGAAGGUGGAGUCUCCUCUGUGUACUUGUGGGACCUGGAUCAUGGUUUUGCGGCGGUAAUUCUUAUCAAAAAGGCCGGCGAUGGUUCCAAGAAGAUUAAGGGAUGCUGGGACUCUAUACAUGUGGUAGAAGUGCAGGAGAAAUCGACUGGUCGUACUGCUCAUUAUAAACUCACAUCGACAGCCAUGCUGUGGUUGCAAACUAACAAGCAUGGAUCUGGCACAAUGAAUUUAGGUGGCAGUCUGACGCGUCAAGUUGAACAAGACGCUCAGAUCAGCGAAACGUCCCCCCAUAUCGCAAAUAUUGGCAGAAUGGUAGAAGAUAUGGAGAACAAGAUCCGCAAUACCCUGAAUGAGAUCUACUUCGGCAAAACGAAAGAUAUCGUAAACGGGCUGCGAUCGGUGCAAUCAUUAGCCGAUCAGAGACAACAGGCCGCGCUCAGGCAGGAUCUUGCAGCGGCGCUGCAAAGGCGAAACGCCAACAAUUGAUCCUGCGAGCAGCCGGAAAGCUUCGAUUACGAUUGCGAAUAGAUUUCAUGGUAUUUUUGGAUCCUUCGACCUUGUUUCAGGAUCUUUCAAUCUUCGCAGACGUUUUUGUAUUUUUGAAGAGAGUCCGUGAAAUCUUUUUUUUUUUUUUAAAAAAAAUUCUGUAUUCUUUGCAGCAGGCUUUAAACUAUCCCGAAAAAGUCUUGAAAUCUUUUUGGACUUUUGGGAAUAUAUUGAAAUACUGCGACCUUUGCCCACAGGUCAAACAGGUAUCUAUAGAAUCCUUGAAACUAUUGUGGUCAAUCUACACUAUUGAAAUAUGGCAUUUAUACUAUUGCGCUUUGUUGUCCAGAUAUGUGAAUCAAUUACGGACGCGUUGAUUAAACCUAAACAGUAUGAAAAAUACUUUGUUUAAUUUAGAAUAAAAUAGAGUUUAUUGUAAAUAUGCGGGAAAGGUGCAACGCGUUUAGAGAAAAUUAGAUAAAAAAAAAUGUAAAAUGCAAAAGAGAACGAAUUAUAUUAUAGACUAGCGUUUACUACGUGAAAGAAAAACCUCGAAGAUCACAACAAUUAAUUUUCUUCGUUUCGUCUUUGUUUGACAAAUAUGGAGAAAAAUUAUAAAUCCAUAACAGAGUUUCACACAUAAUAUUUAAAAAGUAUGAAUAUAUUGAACUUGUACUGUUUAGGAUUAAAUUUAAAAGCGUGUAAUUUAACGCUGGAAAACAAUUUAUAUGAAGUUGUCAGAGAGGAAUCGCAUCGCAAUUGUUGUAACAGAAGAUUCAUCUUUACUUCGUAAAAAUGAAAAUCUUUUUGAACACUCAAAUUGUAAAGCAUAAGAAAAAAAAAAAAAAACAUGCAAAAAUUCUCUCUUCAUUUCUAUCAAUGUUGGUCAAAUCAACAAGAAAGCGCAACGCAAACGUUCGGAAGUUUUUGUAAGAUGCUUGGCUAUAUUAAGAGAAGGCAUCUCGCGUUUAUACUCUAUUUAGAACUAAAUUCAAAAUACAGCUCUGAUCCUCUCUGCAGGACAGUAUAAAACGAUUUAUUGUUUUUUAUGUAAAAAAGUUCAAAAAGGAGCGGUUGCAUUUUGCAUUUGUUAUGAUAAUAAAUUCAUAUAUAGUGCGCAAAUAAAAGUUUUUAAAUUAAAUUUUUAUUAUUCGUUUAUAUAUAUUAAAAAUUUCACGAGUACAAAAAUCCGUUGGCAUCACAGAUUCUUGGUAUUGCGGAUAUUUAUUAGUUAGUGGAGUUUCUCGUUUUUUUUUUAUUUUUUAUUUUUUUUUAUUUUUUUUUAUUUUUUUUUAACACAUGGUAUUCUGCUUGUUCAGAGUAUACCACGUAUCUUUGAUGCUACAGAUCCUUGAACCGGAAAGUUCGGAUCUCAAAGAUCGCCAGUACCACGAAUCUUUAAAAGGAUAUAAUUGUGUUACAAAUUUCCUCUUGUACUCUCAUUUCCGGAACUUCGAUUCUGAUCGGUACAUCAGAUGACUGACGUCUCAAUAAACUCAAGAUGGUUAAUAAUAAAAAGAAAAAAACACUCUUGGUACUAUAAAUCCUUGGAUCCUCCGUGAACGAUUGCGCAACCACAUAUACAUAUCCUUGCGUAUUCUAGGAUCCGCUUGAUUGCUUUCUCGUAAUAUAAAGAGACGCAAAAAGUGUAUAUCGAGUGAAUUUCUAAGUACGUAAACGGAGAAAAGGAAAGCGUAAGUCUUUAAGUUAGUGCCUCUUUUGUUUGUUUGUUUUUUUUUUUUUUACACAUUUGAAUUGUACCACCGAUUAUAUUACCCCACGUAACUUAUCCCACUAUACAAAGAAAUUAAAUACACAUCUUGUCUUUUUUGCAAAUUUCAAACGGUGGCAGUGUGUGUGCGGGCAAGUCAGUCUAAGAAAGAACUAAAUCAAAAUAUUAUCAUGUAUAUUAAUUUUUAUGAAUAUUUUCCUAUUAACUGUAUACACUAUUUCCUUUUGUUUCAUGUGUGUUUUCUUUCGAUUAUGUAAAUAACAAUCGAAAGAAUUUAUGAGCCUGGUCCAACAUAGCACACAUAGAUUACAGACGCUGGUUUAUUUGUUCAAUUAGUUAAUUAGUCGUUACUUUAUUUAGAUUAUAAUAGCUGAGUUUUUUUUUUCGAUUUUAAUGUCGUUGCAAAGCAAUCAAAGUCAUCGAGGAAGGCACGUUUCUAGCUUGCAUCUGCUUGUGUUCUUCGAUGAACGAUUAAAAUUGUUGAGUAUUUUUUUUUUUUUUAUGUAAAAAACGUUUAAUCGCUGGAAAUAUAUCUCGGUAACCGAAAUGCAAGGAAUUUGAACGUAGCACACAUAAAACAGUUUAAAUGUUGAAAAAAUAGGAAUUUGGAGAUAAAGUAGUAUCUCAAUUGAGAUACGUGUGUGUGUGUAUGUGUGUGUGUAUACAAACAAUAAGUAUUGCCAAAAACAAAAAAUAAGAUGCAAAUAUUGUAUAAAUCCAGUUUUUUCGUAAGAAAAAAACAUCCUCCUUCCACUGAUAACUGUGAUUACACUUUUGCAGUUAAUAAUAUUAUAUAUCUGCUUAAUAUAUAUAAUUAUUCUCCUAAUCAUUCAGACUGCACUUUCGGAACAAUUUUUGUUUUUAUACAAACGAUGACACGAGAUGGAAAGGAUGUAAGGGAAAGAUUCUUCGUACACAGUUUCACACAAAGAUCUUCCACACACUCGCGGUUUUUCUUCUGUUUUUUUUUUUUUUUGUUUUGUUUUGUUUUUUACUUAUCGUAAUCUCUGUUUUCUAAACACGGUACAUCGUCUAUUUUUAAUUACAAGUUUAUCUUGUUGAGUGAAAGCAGCUCGUGUAACCUGUUCUGAAAAAUGUUUAUUAAAACGAGAUAUUACAACAAAAUUGUAAUAAAAGUCUGAGCAUUCAUAUAUAUAUAUAAGCCAAUUACAGUCUCUGGACAAGACGCGACAUCGUUUAUUGCGCUACAUCAUUAUCAAAGCGCGCGUAAUAAUUAUCGUAUUUCGUUUUGAUCUCGAUGUUCUCGUGGAAAUUUAAAGGUCUAAAUCAAUUCUCUGACACUCCCUUCGCAUCUUCAAUAUCCAUUGAUACCGCAAUCGUGCUUAUAACUCUCAUACUCAAAAAGUCUAUGAGACUAUUGUUUUUUUGUCUUUUUUUGUUUUUUUUUGUUUUUUUUUAACUCUUUGUAUUUGAAAUCACACACGCAGAGAUGCUCUGUCUCAUACAAAUUGCGCGAGAUAUAUCUUGCGUUUGUUUUUUUAAUAAUUCAAUCUUUGAAUAAUAUAAGAAAUAAUAAGAAAUAUACUAUAAUUAAUAAAGUCGUUGCACGUAUCCUUGUGUGAAUUUAAGGAUUUUCAGAUUUCCCGAUAUAUGUACACAUGUACAUAACAGAUGUAUACAUAUGUGUUUCUAUAAACUUUUUCUUAAAUUUUGAUUUGCCAAUGUUUUAAAUUUCUAUAUAUAUAUGUAUAUAUAAAAGAUUAGAAUAUUUAUUCUAACAAAUUUUCAAGUCCAGAUUCUGUUUAUUCUUUGAAAUUUUUCUCUCUGUUACGUUACGUAUCUAAAGAGAAGCUUCAAAUAUUUAAAAAACAAAACUAUCAUUAGUUUCAUAAAUUUCUUAGAUCUACAAAAUUUUACGCUAAAAACUUUGGCUACAGAACGGAGUCUUCGACGGGAGAUGAAUCCUAAAAUCCUUGAACUUCUCUUUUUUUGUGCUUUCAUUAGACCUACAAAUCUCGAGAACUCUCGAGUUCUUUUCACAACUUAAAAAAAAAAAAAAAAAAAAAA